AUCGGGUAUGCCACGCGCCGUGGAAAGGGGUUUCAGUGUUCACCAGUGUCAUCUGCAGAGGAAUGUCUAGGGCCUCGCUCCAAAACCCAAAACCCGCUACUCACCAUUCGUAAUCAAUUCCAUCGAUUAGCAAUUUAGCGCGCACACACACACAUCUACGUAUCGCCAUCGCUAUUCUUUGGUUGUUUUUCCUGCCAUUUUCAGCCCCAUUACAGGAUGGAGUCCGAAGCAGAACUUCCUAAAACCCUAACGACAAGACACAAAUGCGCAGCAUGUUUCAAACAGUAUAACAAGAGGGAGCAUCUAAUUGAACACAUGAAGACCUCUUACCACUCUGUUCAUGAGCCUAAAUGUGGGGUGUGUCAAAAGCACUGCAAGUCAUUGGAGUCAUUAAGAGAGCAUAUUGCCGGUCCAUUGUCCAGAGCAAACUGUUCGAGGAUCUUAGCUGAACGAGGUUGCAAACUUUGUUUGGAAAUUUUUGACAGCCCUACUUCUCUUAGGGAACACAAGGAGAUUUGUCGCCUACCUGUCCCUGCUCCCCUAGGAACAGAGAAGAUGCCUUGUACAGAGGCGGAAAUUGAUAUUUCGGUUGUAAACAAUGGAAAUCACGGUGCAGGUACUGAGGCAAUUGCAAUAGAUUGUGAAAUGGUUGGUGGUGGAAGUGAUGGAUCUCUUGAUCUCUGCGCACGGGUAUGCCUUAUUGAUGAAGACGAGAAGCUGAUUUUCCACACUUAUGUGCUACCUCAAAUACCUGUCACCAAUUAUAGGUAUGAAGUCACUGGGAUAACAGAGGAGCAUUUGAGAGAUGCUAUGCCACUCAAGGAAGUGCGAGACAAAGUUUUGCAAUUUUUGUACAAUGGAGAAUGCAUCGGGAGACUACGGUUGGAUGGGGGAAAAGCUAGACUUCUUGUGGGCCAUAACCUGGAGCAUGACUUGGAUUGCUUGAGAAUGAAUUAUCCUGAUCAUUUGCUGAGGGAUACUGCAAAGUACCGUCCGUUAAUGAAAACAAAUAUGGUCAGCCACUCGCUCAAGUACCUGACCCGCACAUAUCUAGGGUAUGAUAUCCAGUUAGGGGUGCAUGAUCCCUAUGAAGAUUGUGUCUCCGUAAUGAGGUUGUACAAGAGAAUGUGUGCCCAAGAUCACCAGGUGGGGGAGAUUGGAGCAUCCAUGGCUGCCCAACAUACCAAUAGCAUUGACUAUUGGUCAUCCAAAGAUCUUGAGAAGAUGGGUCCAGAUGAGCUUUUUGAGAUAUCCAGAUCAAACUACAGAUGCUGGUGUUUGGAUUCAGGGGUGUGCAGACUUGAUGUAUUCCCUUCCUCUGGGGAACCAGUGUUCAUCAAUGCAUUUCAUUGAGUGUGGGCGUUUAUAUGGUUAUUUUGUAUUUUUGGGAGUUAAAUGGUGUUUAUAUGGUAAGAAUUGGGCAUUGUACACUUUGAUCCCCCUCACUUGUUUCACAUUUGCAUCCUUAAUUUUAAUGUUUCUCUCUUAUUAGUUGUGUU